GCAUGGACCCCCCUGUACAGUCACUCAGUGCCCGAGUGAAAAGAAAUAGGAGGGAAAGAGACUUUUAAUUGGCUUUAUAUUCAUAAUAUCGGUCCAGAGCCCCUCCUACCACAGAGUGGAGAGAAAAAUUAUCCAGGGUUUGGACUCUCCUGCAGGAAGGAGUGGAGCAGCAGCCGGGGAAAGUUUUGGAUGAGUGUAAGAAAAAUGUAACAUAUGACGUAUAGUUUAUGUGACGAUAUUAUCUUUGAAGGGAAAUAAGAACCGAAAAAGUCAUUAUUUGUAAGAAGCGGAGAUUGAACAGGAGGUUCACAUGAGAGAAGAUGUCCUCGAUGAAGAUGUGAAAGUCGUCAUGAAUGUACAGUCAGCAGAUUAUGGAGAGACAUGCGUGCUCAUCCUACAGGAGCUGUGGGAGCACGUGAGAGCAGGGCAGGAGGAGAUCCUGCUCUCUCCUUACCUGCCUGCGUCCUACGCCUUCCUGGCGCACGUCUUGUUCUGUGCGCCCUUCCUCGCGCUGGACGCGCUGGGCAGCGUCUGUCAGAAGGUACGAUCGUGGAGGAUCGCCGCAGGCUCCGGUCCGCCGCCCUCUCUCCGGCAAUGGUUGGGGUGUUUUUGGAGGGUGUGGUACAGAUACGUGACCGUCGUCCUUCCCGUCACCGCUAUGUAUCAGACCCUGCGGCGGCCCACGUUACCCGUGCUGGCUCCGUCCUGCUGGAAGCUCUUUGUGGAGGUCUUCGCAUGUUUUCUGCUUUUUGACAUGCUCUUCUUUAUAUGGCAUUGCUCUAUGCACAGGGUUCCAUGGCUCUAUCGAAACAUCCACCAGCUGCACCACCAGCACCACUCGCCCUUCGCUCUGGCAGCCCAGGAUGCCAGCUCAGCUGAGCUGCUGUCUCUGCUGCUGCUGGCUCUGAGCUGCGGCUGGGUGGUGGGUUGCCACCCUCUGAGUGAAAUCGUUUUUCACCUUCUCAACAGCUGGAUGGCAGUGGAAGACCACUGUGGCUACAAUCUGCCCUGGGCUCUGCACAGACUGCUGCCCUGUCUGGGAGGAGCUCCCUUUCACCAAGCCCACCACAGCCUACACAGUGGCAACUACGCCCCCUACUUUACCCACUGGGACCACUUCUUUGGCACAUACAAUGCGAGGCAGUGGAGGACCCCAGCCUGACAAGUUGAAAGUCCGCAGAAACUGUUCUUUCAGGCUCUCCAGCAGGCUCUGCAUAUCCAUGUUGCUGUCCUGCUCCAACAGUGAUGGAUCCACCACCCCUCCAUGCCCGU